UUUUCCCUUCUUGUUUCCAAGCUGUUCAUUUUUCCCCUUCCUCUCUGGCGCGAUUCCGUACUGAGCGCCUAUCUCUGUUGACCGUCGAGGCUGCUGAGUUAGCGUCACCAUUUCCGCCGCCGUUGCCACCGUCUCUGUCUCCCGUCCAGGUGGUGAACGCCACGUGAGCUAGGCCAAACGAUAAAAAUGGCACACAGAUUGUUAAGAGAUUAUGAGGCUGAUGGUUGGGAACGCUCUGACUUUCCUAUUAUUUGUGAGUCGUGCCUUGGUGAUAACCCAUAUGUCAGAAUGACCCGAGCAGAUUAUGAUAAGGAGUGCAAGAUUUGUACACGGCCAUUUACUGUUUUUAGGUGGAGACCUGGACGAGAUGCAAGGUAUAAGAAAAGUGAGAUUUGCCAGACAUGCAGUAAGUUGAAAAAUGUUUGUCAAGUGUGCCUUUUGGAUCUUGAAUAUGGUUUGCCAGUUCAAGUUCGAGAUACCGCUCUUAGCAUAAAUUCAAAUGAUGCCAUUCCAAAGAGUGAUGUGAACAGAGAGUAUUUUGCUGAGGAGCAUGACCGUCGGGCUAGGGCUGGUUUAGACUAUGAGUCCUCAUUCGGCAAGGUACGACCAAGUGACACCAUUUUGAAGCUUCAAAGAACAACACCAUACUACAAAAGAAACAGAGCACAUAUCUGCAGUUUUUAUGUGCGAGGUGAAUGCACAAGAGGUGCUGAGUGCCCUUAUAGGCAUGAGAUGCCAGUAACUGGGGAAUUGUCACAGCAAAAUAUAAAAGAUCGUUAUUAUGGUGUAAAUGAUCCGGUGGCUCUGAAGCUACUCAACAAGGCUGGUGAAAUGCCCUCUUUGGAACCUCCUGAGGAUGAAAGUAUUAGAACCCUGUAUGUGGGUGGGCUUGAUAAAAGAAUCACUGAACAGGAUUUAAGGGAUAACUUUUAUGCCCAUGGUGAAAUUGAAUCUAUAAAGAUGGUGCUGGAUAAAGCAUGUGCUUUUGUUACAUACACAACUAGAGAAGGUGCGGAGAAGGCUGCAGAAGAGCUUUCUAAUAAGCUAGUCAUAAAGGGCCUCAGAUUGAAGCUAAUGUGGGGUAAACCCCAGGCACCAAAGCCUGAAUCAGAAACCUCAGAUGGAGCCAGGCAGCAAGCAGCUGUGGCUCAUAGUGGAAUGCUGCCCCGGGCAGUCAUAUCACAGCAGCAGAACCAAUUUCAACCAUUUGGAACUCAGGACCAAACCCAACCAAUGCACUAUUUCAAUAUCCCGCCACCACCUCAGCAAGAUAGAGCAUUCUAUCCAUCAAUGGAUCCUCAGAGGAUGGGUGCUCUUGUUCCCUCCCAAGAUGGAGAGACCAAACCCGGGUCUGAAAAGCAGCCACAAGGGCAGCAGUAUGCUUAUCAAGCUAUGCCGCCACCCCCACAUGGUCAGUAUCCUCACCAACUUCAUCCACCAUAUGGAUACAUGCCACCAAUACCUCCUUAUCAGCAGUAUCGUCCAUAUCAUUCUGCAAUGCCUCCACCUCAGGCCCCAGCUGCAACACAGCAAUAUCAUCAGGCUGGGCCACCAAGGCCCUCACCUGCAGCUUCUUCUUCAUCAGGAUCAGCAUCUGCACCACCACCACCACCAGUAUCUGCUGCAUCUGGGUCAUCCCAUCAAUGAAGACUUCAAAUACUAUUGUUUGAACUAUUUUAUUGCGGUAAGUUGUAACCAGUCAACUCCAAGCUGGUCUCACAUUUUGGGUUCAAAAUUUUCUUUGCCUGUAGUUUUUAGCCGUCAAAUUUGUUUACUCGUGUGCCAUACGUGUGCUAUGCUACAGUACUACCGUUUUGCUUCCUUUACAUCUAUGAGCUUUGGGUUUAUUUUCCUCAUAAUGGGGAACAGUAGAUCAAAGCUUAGGAGAAUUUCGUAGUAGCAGUUAGAAAAAUCUCUAUCUUCUUUCGCAGGGAAAAGUCUCUA